GUCUCCUUUGGGAUUUGUUCUUGUUUCUGCCCUUGGAGGAGGAGGCAUUGGGUGGGUGACAGAUCCAAGCCAUGCCCCUUUCAACCCAAGGGGAAACCCAAGGUGAAGAGCAGAAUGUGCUGGUUGCAAGUCUUGACAAUGUCAGAAACCUCUCCACCAUCCUGAAAGCUGUUCAUUUUAAAGAUCACGCUACCUGCUUUGCAACUGCAAAUGGACUCAAGGUCACAGUGGAAAAUGCCAAGUCUCUGCAAGCCAAUGCUUUUAUUCAGGCAGGGGUUUUCCAAGAAUUUACGGUACAAGAAGAAUCUGUGAUGUUCAGAAUCAAUCUAGCUGUCCUUCUAGACUGCUUGACCAUAUUUGGAACAAGUUCUUUGUCAGGCACUCAGACAGCCCUCCGGAUGUGCUAUCGGGGUUAUGGUUACCCUUUGACACUUUUCCUGGAGGAUGGUGGUGUGGUGACUGUAUGCAAAAUCAAUACUCAGGAACCAGAAGAGAUCCUCGAUUUUGAUUUCUGCAGCACAAAUGUUGUGAAUAAGAUCAUCCUGCAGUCAGAGGGGCUCCGAGAGGCAUUUUCCGAACUAGAUAUGUCCAGCGAAGUAUUGCAGAUUACCGUGUCUCUAGAAAAGUCUAAUUUGAGACUCUCCACUUUUGGGAAUGCUGGAAGCACACAUCUAGACUACCCUAAAGAUUCAGACUUAAUUGAAGCCUUUCACUGUAACCAAAGCCAGACAAACAGAUAUAAGAUUGCAUUACUCAAGCCAUCAACUAAAGCACUAGUUUUAUCCUGCAAGGUGUCUAUUCGAACAGAUAACAGAGGCUUUCUCUCACUGCAAUACAUGAUCAGGAACGAAGAUGGACAGAUCUGCUUCGUGGAGUUUUACUGUUGCCCUGAUGAGGACAUAACUGAAGCAGAGAUUUAGCUGUGAAGUACAAACUGUUAUUUUGUUCCCCCUUUAUUAAAAGGCAUAUUGGAUGCUCAGCUGUAAAACAAUGAAUGAAAGCUUGGACAACCAGUUUUGAGAUUUACUUACCUCUGUUUUAGAGGCAAGAUCUAUUGCAAUGGAUGAUUUGGCCUCUUGACAUGUUUGGAAAGAGUCAUUGUGUAUGGUGAAGCUUUUUUUGGCAAGAAAUAUAGAACGACCAUUGUGAUGUCUUUCAUUGGAAACAGUACUUAACACAGAGGAAUGCAACUUUUCCUAAUUGUAACCCUAAGUAUAUUUUAUGUGCCCUGUGGAAGUUGGGCAGGGGAUAAGAAGCUGGCAAUUUCUGGGAGGUGUACAGCUGCUUUCCCUAACCUGUGGCCUUUCAGAUGUUGCUGGAUUACAACUCCCAUUAUCCCUGACCAUUGACCAUGCUGACUGGGGCUUACAUUGGAUGUGACCUAGAAACAAGGAGGCAUGCUUGACAAUAUUUCUGUCAAUAGGCAAUAUUUCUGGAUCUAGUACGUGACUAUACAUUUGGGCCUUGAUUUCCCUCCUAUUCACAUGUUACACAUUAAUUCAUUGGGUGCGUAGUCACAACCUUACUUGAUGUCGGGGAAACAGUGUCCCCAGAAAUCUGCAAAACUGUCCUUCAUAUAUCCUCCCUGUACUCCUUCACUGUUGUGGGCAGGAAGAAGGAACAUCAAAAAAUGCAGAUAUAGGACUAUGAUUGGAGGACCUGGGUCAUUUUCUUGUGCUAGGGCUCUCUGAAUGCCCAUUCCAUCUAAGAACAGCACCAUAGCAAAGCAUCUUUCCAAGUACAAUUAAUAUUCACAAUUGGGCUAUAGGCUAUGACAUAAUCAGCUAAUAACCUGAUUGUUGCAGCCUUGCUUCUCUCAUGGUUCAUUAUGGAUAUAUUUCCUUGUUUCCAGUGACUAGUCUUGCAGUUUGUCUAGAGUUCAGGGAUUGAGCAGCAUAGCAGUGUCUCUCUCUUCUGUUUCAUGUUGUUAGUCCCUUCAUGUACAGCAGGAACCCUGCAGAAAAGCAAGAGAAGUUUUUCCUUCUCCCAAGAGUUUUUCAUACCUAAUGUAAAAAUCAUUUUUAGUUGAGG